AUGACGUUCUCGCGGGAGAUUCGUGUGCAGGGGCGGGUCUACGUGGUGGCCAGGGGGGCACCGCCCCGCCCCAACCCCCCCCCAGGAAUUCGAUUGGCCACCCCAGGAUCAAAGUUUGGUGGGGAUAAACAAGCACCUUCAUCCCCAACAGAAUGCAAAGAUAAUUCAGCUGUAAGUGACCUGUCUGAAUUUGAAGACCACAAAGAAACUUUGUGUCAGCAUAGGGAUCCUGUUGUUUUAUCAUGUGGUCACAGUUUCUGUAAAGAGUGUCUUCAACAGUUCUGGAGAACCAAGGGAACUCAGGAGUGUCCUGUCUGCAGGAGAAGAUCCUCAAGAGAUGAUCCUCCAAAUAAUCUUGCGUUAAAAAACUUGUGUGAGUCGUUCCUGAAGGAGAGAAAUGAGAGGCGUUCAUCAGGAUCUGAGGAGAUCUGCAGUUUACACAGUGAGAAACUCAAACUCUUCUGUCUGGAGGACAAACAGCCUGAGGAGCUCAAUACAGCACUGAAGUCCUUACAGGAGAAACUGAAACACAAUGAAAACAUUAAAGGAGAGUUUGAGAAAACAGUUCAACACAUCAAGGAGUUUCCAGUCUCAAAGGAAAGACUUCAGAUCUCACAGCCGGAUCCACAGAUGGCUUCUGGAGCUUUGAUUCAUGUGUCACGUUACUUGGGCAACCUGCAGUUCAGAGUCUGGAAGAAGAUGCAGGACAUCGUCCAAAACACUCCUGUGAUUCUGGAUCCAAACACGGCUCAUCCACGUCUCAUCCUGUCUGAUGAUCUGACCAGUGUGAGAUGGAGAGAGAACAAACAUCCUCUUCCUGAUAAUCCAGAGAGAUUUAACGAUUAUUACUGUGUUCUGGGUUCAGAUGGUUUUAACUCAGGAACACACUGCUGGGAUGUGGAGGUUACAGAGAGUUUAUCUUGGAGUCUUGGAGUAACUACAGCAUCAAACCAGAGGAAGGGACAAGUUUUCUAUACUGAUGUCUGGAGUGUGCAGUAUGAUCAGUAUGAACUGUAUGAACGACCUGGUUUUCAUGUUAAACAGUAUCUUGAUCGUGUGAGAGUUGAUCUGGAUUAUGAGAGAGGAACGGUGUCAUUCUCUGAUCCUGUAACUAACACACAUCUACACACAUUCACGACCACCUUCACUGACACACUCUUUCCAUUCUUUGAUAGUUUUUCUCCUCUGAGGAUCUUACCACUCAAUAGUCAGUAAACGUUAACUUAUACCUGUAGGUCUGGAUCAAGCAGCUUUCAUCUUUUACAUUCAUCAAUUAGUUUUUCUAGCACUUUUACCACAGUUAGACCAAUUAGAGACAGUUUUAGGAUUCUUGUUCAGAUCAGGCCAAUUAUUCUUUCUUUGUUGGAAAGUGUGUCUCCUCCUCUCUGAUGCCAUCUUUUUACUCCUGAUUAGAUUGGAAACCUCUCCAGCACUCUUGAAUAAUUUAGGUGAAAGAGAGUCCGUCUUUUUAACACUAUGAACCUUGAUGGAAUGAAUCAGUACUGAAUUUAUUUAAGGUGGACAAUGAAACCAUUUUCUUUAAGAGCUGCUGUGCAGCCAAAAUUAUUUGCCAGUUAUCACUGUAAAGCUGCUUUGACACAAUCUGCAUUGUUAAAAGCGCUAUAUAAAUAAAGGUGACUUGACUUGACUCGACUCCCCACCAGAUUCCCCUAAAUCGCACUGUGAACAGAUUGUUGACAGUGCAGGUCCAGUGCCUUAUCAGUUCGAACAUUUGGACCCUCUUAUACAUACUGGAGAAAGUUAAGAUCAAUCUGAUGAAGUGCAGAUAGAAGUCGUCUCGCAGGUAAAAUCCUACUUCAAAGAGGACAGUUAGUCACACUACAGCUGGCAGAGAGAUUUCAUGGAUCUGCAAGUAGGUUUUCACUGUUUCAGAGUAGCUAGGUGUAUAGUUGACAAAACCAGACAAAUCCAACCAGGGUA